AAUUUUUCCACUAGGGAUCGUUUUUGUUCAAAUUUAAAAUGGCGGUAGUCCUACAGUCCUACGUGUUGUGUUUAAAUGUCACUCAUCAAGUUGUGUACAUGUUAAAGAAGAUUGUUGUUGAUAAAACUUUUAUACUAUUUUUUAUUUGAAAAGGAUAUUAAUCAUAAAGAUGUCGACAUUGUAUGAUCAAAUAAAAUUGCUAUAUGAACAAUCAUUAUAUUCAAAUGUUAUUUCUCUUGCAAACUUAGUGUUGUCACUUAGCGAACAUAAUUCAGACUUAUUACCGAUAUAUGGAAAGUUUCAUAUAUAUGUUUAUUAUGCAGAUGCACAUUUUUACCUGGGAAAAUAUAAAAGAGCAGAAGCUCUUUAUAAGAAAGCUCUGCAAUUCCGUAAAUGUUUAUUAAAAUCUAAGGGCACGUCAAAACCUAUAGAGAGUCAGAAGGAUUUACCAACUGAUGUUGAUAUAAAAUUUCAAAUUCAUUUGUGUUUAAUCAAAUUGAAGAAUUCUCAAGAAGCACUUCAUGUGUUACAAAGCAUUCCUGGUAAACAGAGGACACCAAAAGUGAAUAUGGCGCUUGCAAAAAUGUUUCAUGAACAAGGAAUGGAGCGUUCCGCAAUCACCACCUACAAAGAAGUUUUGAGAGAAUGCCCAUUAGCUUUAGAAGCUGCCGAAGGGCUUCUUUCUCUUGGAAUAAAAGGCAUCGAAGUGAAUUCGCUAAUUGUAAAUUGUUCAUCUAAUUUGUCAAAUUUAGAUUGGCUAAACACGUGGAUUAAAGCUCAUGCACAUAUGCAUAAUAGGGAGUACACUCAUGCAGUUUCAACAUUAAGAUCUUUAGAUAACAUUAAUUUGCUUAGGGAUAACUUUAACUUAUUAACAACAAUAGGAGAAUGUUAUUAUUAUGCCGAAGAUGAUAAAAAUGCUUUAUUAUGUUUGAGAAGAGCUAGAAUUGUUGAGCCUGAUGUUAUGAAAGGAGUUGAUAUUUAUGCAGCAGUAUUAUAUAAAACAAACAAUGUUAAAGAACUUGAAAGACUGAUUCCCGUAAUAACAGCGAACAAUGAGUGUACAGGAGAGAUAUACGUUGCCAUGGCCUACUCCCUUUACGCCUCUAGGAAGCUUGGUAGAGCAAACACGUUGACGGCUCAAGCCUUGAAUUUAAAUCCAAAUGAUAUAGAAGCAAUCAUACUUCGAGGAAAUAUUUUGAUAGAACAGAAAAAGUAUCAAGAUGCUUUAUUUUUCUUCAGACAUGCCGUUCAACUGAAGCCGUAUCGUUGUGAACCACAUAAAGGUUUGGUAGAUUGCCUUGUAGGAAUGCAUAGAUUGCGGGAAGCCCUUAAUAUUGCGAGCGGCUCUUGCAAACAACUUGGCCAUACUGCAAGGGUCCUGACGCUUUAUGCAUCUGUAUUGAUGAAAGAUCCAGUCUCUGUUGGAAAAGCGAAAAACCUGUUGGAAAAGGCACUACUUCAAGAUGAAAGUUAUUUACCUGCUGUUUACCUGUUAGUUGAAAUAUAUGAGCAAGAAAUGAAUUUAGAAGCUGCAAUCGCGUUACUUUUGAGACAAGUAGAAACGCAAACAGCAUCCAAAUUACAUCAAAUGCUUGGAGAUUUGUGGGCGAGAGUUCAUAACGAGGAGAAAGCUUUGAAUCAUUAUGCAAUUGCUUUGAAUCUAGAUCCAAAUAAUAGAGGGGCAUUGGAAGGUAUGCAUAGAUUAGACAAUUCUUCGAAUAAACUAGACUCAGCUUAUUAUAUGACUGUGGGUGAGGAACAAACAGAUACAACUUAUGAUGUUGGUGAUGGUUUACCAGACACUGAUAAUGAUGAUGCACCUGAUGAAAGUGAACCCGAGGCCGUGUGGUCAGACAUGGAUCUUGAGGCAAAUAGUCAAUAACAAGAAAACUUUAUUGUAAGGUUAACUCGUUUGAAUAUAAUUAAGUUAGAUCACAAAAUGUUUGAUCUUUUGCAUUUAUUUAUCCAAAAGUACUAUUUUGUCUUGUACAUCAUUCAUUCUCAGAAAUGUUGUGUACAUAGAACAGUACUUGCUACAGAUAGUUUAUUUACAUACUAUACAGAAGUGGAGAUUCAUAGAAUCAAUAAUGCUAUUAAUACGCGAAUUAAUCGAUGUACAUUAAAAUUAAACAUACAUAUAUUUGUCUACGUAUUUUGAAAACGAGAAAACAAACAAAAAUCGCACGAAGGACGUGUUGACGGAAUUGUUCAUCGACAAAAGGAGCCCGCAAUUUCGUACUAAUGAUGAAUUAAUUUACUCAUGUUAAUUUAAAGUCAAUAACAUUAUAUUUGUAUCUCUUUUCUAGAAGAAAACUUUCGGAUUCGAUGUAUUUAGAAAACGCAGAAUUCAGUCUUAAAAGGUAGGAAGCACGUGUAUUUUCCUAAAUAAACUCGGCUUUGGUCUUAGAACUGCUUUCAUAUUACAUACAUAUACUUGUUCAACCUUAUUUGAUGAUGUGAUAUUAUUUAAUAAGCAUAUAUCAACGAGAAUUAAAGCAUCACUAGCGACGUAACUGAUACAUAUUGGAACAAUAUGUGCAACACGAAAAUUAAUAAAUAAAGAAUGACCAGAAUGCAAGUAUUUGUUAAAUGUAACGAAAACGGUCUAUAAGCAAAUUUAA